AUGUGGCCCCCUACCUUCUUCGCCAUGCGGCCCCCGCUGCCCACGGGCGCCGUCACGCAGGCGAUGGUCGCGGCACAGGCCGUGGCGCAGGCGGCCCCGGCCGCCCCGGCAGCGGCCGCGGCGGCCACGGCGCCGGCGGCGGCCGCCACCGCGGCAUCGGCCACGAAGCCCAAGAAGAAGAGCACCUACGCCUCGAAGGGCGGCGGCGGAGGCUUCAUUUCGCAGGCGCUGUCGGGGGGCCCCGUGUGGGGCGGGCCCAACAAGGGGUACUACGACCUGAUCUGGACGCCGCGCGUGGGGGCCGCCAAGGAGCGCGAGAAGAGGAAGGAGUGGGCGAUGGCCCGCGCCCUGUACGAGGCAGUGGAUAGCUACGACGGAGAGAUCGUUGCCGUAGGCCAGUUGGGGUCAGACUUCAAGGUGGCGCAGCUCAAGAAGGACCCGCAGUUCACGAACGAGAAGCUCAUUGAUAUCCUCAAGAGGUACGAAGAGGUGUUCGAGGUGAUCGUCGACAGCACCAGGGGGCACGUGGCCAGGCUGCAGCCCGGCGCCCAGGUGGCCCUGCCAGACGCCGAGGAGGCGCUGGCUGCGGCGAUCUCCGAGGCCGAGCUGAUGCUGCCAGAGAAGAUGCGGUACCCCCAGAACCCCAAGGACGAGUGGAGUCAUCAGUGA